UCUCUAUCAAAAAACUGUAAAAGAAGGAAGAUGACACACCGUCGUUAAUGCUCAUCAUCGUCGUGCAACUUACAAAAGACUCUUCCUUUUCACUCUCUCCUUCGCUUAUCCUCUUUAAUACUUCUCGAUUGUGAAUCAUUUCUCUUCUAAUUGUUGGCUUUCUCCGGCGAAAAGUUCCUAACUUUCUUUCUUUUUUUGGCUAAACCCUUCACUGUACUGUCUCUCCACACGGAAACUUCGGAAAAAGGUUGCGUCUUUUAGGGUUAGGGUUCUUCCAUUUCUGUAUUUAGGAACUGGGGAGAGAUUUUGCUUGAAGGGUUGUUAGGAUUUGGAUUUUUUUUCUUACCAUUUUGGGAAACUCUUCCUUGGAGUUGAAGAAAUUGUAGACGACGAUGGAAGGGGUUAAGGAAGAGAACUAUUUGAACCUUUGUGGUGUGAAGAAAGACAAUAUCGCUAAACAGUUGGACAAGGUUCAUUCUCAUUCCUCUGAUAUACUUCUCUUCAGCGUUCUGUGGAGAGAUUUGUCAGAUUAUCUCAAUUCCGCUGAAGAGAGAGUGGAGAAGAGGUUCAGGGAGUUGAAGUUGAAGGAGAAGGAGUUGCAAGAUCAAAGCUUUGCGCUUGAAGAAAGGGGUAAAGCGGUAGAGGCUGCGGAAGCUGUGGCUGUUGAGUUGGAGGUGAAAUAUGAUGGGUUUAGGGUGGAGAUUGAAGUGCAGAGGAAGGAACUUGAGUUUGUUAGGAAUCAGGUGGAGGUUUCUCGAGAGGAGUUCAGUGCAGAGGAAGCGAGAGUAUCUCAGGUUAAGAAACUGGUGGAGGAGUGUACGGUAGAGAAAAUGACAAAGGAGAGUGAGGUUAGUGAGAUGUUGGAAGCGCUGAGGAAGACUCAUGGUGAGCUUGGUUCGAAAGGUGAGGAGUUGGCACAGAUGGAGACUGAUCUUGAGAGGUAUCGUGCUGAUGUCAGUGCAGAGAUGGAGCGUUUGGGAAGAACUCAAACUCUCAGGAGAGAAUUGGAUGAGAAAGUAGAGAGAGAGACUGAAGAUCUCACCCUGGUUCAGAAAAAAAUGGUGGAAUGUGAGAAGCUGCUUCAGACACGGUCGGAAGAUCUAAUAAAGACUCAAUGUGAGCUUGAUUUGAAGCGGGGACAGUUGGGACAGGUGGAAGCUGAUCUUGAGAGGCAUCGUGUUGAGGUCAGCGCUGAGAAGAAGCAUUUAGAAACGACUCAAACUCGCAGUAGAGAAUUAGAGGAGGAGAUAAAGAGGAAGCGGAAGGAUCUUAGAGCGGUUCUUGAUAAAAUUACGGAAUGUGGGAAGCAGCUUCAAUCGGUGGAAGAGAAACUAGACUCCCAGCAGAAGAUGCUUGAUACACGGUCCUCGGAGCUUGCCUCUAAAGAGAAAGAGUUGGAAUUACUGAGUCUUGAUAUUGACUUGAGGGAACAGAGCGUCAUAUGCCUUAAUAAUGACAUGGAGGAGACUUGCCAAAAGACGGAAUCUAAAGCCAAGGAGUUGGAGGACAUUCAAAAGUGUAUUGAGGAAAGGAGUGCGUAUUUGGAAUCAAUCAGCUCAUUGAUUGAGGAACACAAUGAAGAACUAUCUUCUAAAGAGAAACAACAAGAUGUAUUAACAGAGACGUUGGAAAAAGCUAAAGUACAUCUUGGAGAUCUAGAAAGAUGCAUUACUGAGCAUGAGUCAACGAAAAUGGAACGUAUCACUGUGAAUGAUGCAUAUAGAGAGCUCCUCCAACACCUGGAUAUCAAAGAGAAGGAGUUAAAGUCUUUAGAAUCAGUACUCACUCAGAGAAAUAAACAAGUUGAGGAAGGAGAGAAGAAAAUACAGCAUCUGAAUGAUUCCAUUGAGGAACUUACCAGACAACUCAAGCUGAAACAAGAAGAGGUUUGUGGAAUCAACAAAGCGGUCAGAGAAUGCUCAUGUGAGUUGGAAGCUAAGAGGAAACAUCGUGAUCAGGUUCAAAGCUCAAUUACUGACCUUACUACUCAGCUCAAAUCAAAAGAACGCGAUCUUCAUUCUGUCAAGAAGAAGAUUAAAGGCAGCUUGAAAGGCUUGCAAUCUAAAGAGGAGGAGAAAGUCAGAUUGAAAGCAUCGUUGGUGGAACGUGAGAAAGGACUUGAACUAAAGGAGAAGGAGCUCGAUGCUCGUGAGGAAAGGGCCGAUAAAAAGGAUCAGCAACUGAAAUCCACAGAGCAGAAGUUGGCUAAAUCUUUGAAGGAAAUUGAGCAGAGAGCAAAGCAACUGUCCAGCUUUUGUCAACAAGGCAACUCGGAUCAGCAUGUUGACUUGGUACGAGAUGCCAAUGUAAGAGACGAGAAAACUUUGCAGUUGCUAUUACGCGGGCAUCUGAAGAAGUGUCCUCAGCUUCACCUCGAGGUUUUGCAUUCUCUAAAGGUAUCUGCUGACCCGUCAAGGCUUGUGCUAGAAACUAUACGAGGGUUUUACUCCGCUCAGCAAAGGAUGGCAGAAACAAAUCUUGAUCCAAACCUUGUUAGGAGUAGCAUCUGCUUGCUCGAAUGCUUAAUGGAUAUGUCACCAAAACCCAAAAAUGAAGUACAAGGAGAAGCUUUUACAUUUACCAUGGAAUGUAAGAACACAACUCUGAUUAAGGUAGAAAAUCCAGUGGAAGUUAUGGGCUUUCUUCACUUUCUUGCUGCAUUCAGUGUGGCAUACACAUUUGAUGCCGACCAAGUUAAGAAUCUUUUAGAUGACGCCUUUCUUUGCAAAUAUGCUCCUAGUCUAUGCGAAGCUCUUGGAAUAACAGCUUCAGCACCUGGCAACAAUGUGAUUUCAUUGGAAGAGAAGCCUGAACAGGCCCCUGAAGCACCAAUCAGCAAUAGCAGUGAUUCUCGCUCCUUGAAUGUCCAAGAAAACAUAGCAUCAUCUCCUGUGGCUAGUGAAGAUGCUCUUAGAGACAUUGUAGGCACACCUUCCUUUUCACCUAAUGAAGUAUCUACUGAACUUCCAAUGUUCAAAGAUCCAGGCAGGUUUGUUCUAACUUCUGUUGAGGAGGCACUCACGGGUGCUCGUGAGAGAGGGGAAUUGAGUUUAGCAGACCCUAUGGUUAAGACAUUGGUUCCACUUUUGGAGGAGCUGACACGUGUGGUACGCUCUACCGACCUUGAGCUACAGGUAGAUGCAACCAAGGUGGCACAUCAAUGGAGCUCGAUGAUGGGAGCUAGUGGUCUUAAGUCUCAGCUCGAGGCAUGGGCCUUUCUGCAAUUCAUUGUGGCGUUUGGAUUGGCAAAACAAACUAGUCAAAAUGAAACUUUACAUUUUGCCAAGCAUGUUGCUCACUUCAAACAUGCUCCAAAACUCUUUCGAUCUCUUGGUCUCACCUCUGCCAUCCCAAAUUUUGUUAAUGAGCUCCUAAUCAAAGCCCAAUAUAUUCCGGCAGUGCGGUUUAUGCUUUUCUUCAACGUGAAGAGCAGCUUUUCUCCCCUGGUUAUCUUGAAGCAAGAGGUCAUGAAUCUUAAACGCUCUGUCAACGACAAGAGAAGACUUGAAUCACAGGCUGAAGCUAAUCGAGAUGCUGCUGCUAAAAUGAGAGAGAUAAUUGAAAUCACUGAAGACUUCAAGCUGAAAAUUGAUCUACCUAUGGAUCUUAUCCUCAAAUUCAUGGUUCCACGUGAAAUUCCGAAUCAGAACCAACAUGUUGUUGCCUCCUCAUCAUCUGCCCCUGUUCAAUCAACGCAGAUGCUUCCACGGUUUCAUAUGCAGGCUGCGCACACAGUCAUUCACAACUCAUACAUUACCACUCAUACCUCGUUCCCUUUCCUUCCAACAAGCUCCGGUGCAGCGCCAAAUCCAGAGGUCGUAGACGUGGAAACACACCAAGCUGGCGGUUCAACUGCCUUCCACGCUGGUAGUAAACGUCUGAGGGUGGAUCCUGGAGGAGGCCCUAGACCGGUGAUAAGACCUUGCUUCAAUCCAUCACAAGGUUAUGGCAGAUUCUAGUGUGUUCCAUCUCAGGACCAAAGCCAUAAAGCUUUAUCUAGAAAAAUAGUAGGAAGUAACAAAGAAGUAGGUUGUCUUUUUGGUAUGGAAUCUAAUAAUACGUGUAGGUUAUGUGUAACAGCUCUACCAUCUUAUCUCUUAAUCUCUCUGGUCACUGUGUAAAAAAAAAAUGCAGAGGAGAAAAACUCUUUUAUUUCAGAAUACGCUCAACAGUAUUUGAAUUUCUCUAAUCAAAAUCAUUUUCUUAUGCUA